AAAUAUCGACCUAUGUAGUAAAAAUCGGUCAAAAACCCGAAGGCAAGUACAAAUUAUACUCUCCAAACAGGCCAAUACUGUUUGUUGUGAAAACAGAAGAGACGACGUUAUAACAUUCUUAAACAUGUCAAAACCUUUUUCUUCUGGAGAGGAAACUUCUAUCUAUCAUUGCAAUUUCGCAAAUAUUGUGCAGUAAAUGGUAAAAAUGGCGUUUUUACUGCUGAGUGAGACCGGGAAGAGAGGGGUAAGGAGUUAAUAGUAGAAAAUUGGGUGUUUCUGUUACCUUAAAUAAAGGCGGAAAAUGAAUGGCAAAUAACCUAUUCAAUUCAUUCCAUUAAUAUUAAAAAACCACAGCCCUCUCGACGAUCAUGCACGUCCUCAUCAUUUCCUUUCCUGCCUCCAUUUCCUCCUCCUUUUCUUCAUCUUCUUCUUAAAUUUAUUUACUCUCUCACAAUCUCACUUCACCAUUUGCAGUUUGCACUUUCAGUAUCUUUGCUUGAUAUACCCAUAAAUUACUAUUAACUUCCAAAGCAUACAAAUUUCAUAGAAAAUAUAUAUUCAUACACAAACACGAAAAUCCCAUACGCUCAAUUGCGUUCCAAUAAAAAUUGAGGUGGGGCAAAAAGGAAUCGCAUUUUUUGUGAUUAUUAAAGAAGAAAAAAGAGUGAAAAAAAAAAAAAAACAUGUCGUGGCAAAGUUACGUGGAUGAACAUUUGAUGUGUGACCUUGAAGGCGGAGGUCACCUCACUGCCGCUGCCAUUCUGGGCCACGAUGGCUCUGUUUGGGCUCAAAGCGCCAAUUUCCCUCAGUUCAAGCCAGAGGAAUUCAAGGGAGUCAUGACCGAUUUCGAUGAGCCAGGACACCUUGCCCCAACAGGCCUACUUCUUAAUGGUGCAAAAUACAUGGUUAUCCAAGGCGAGGCUGGCGCUGUUAUCCGCGGCAAGAAGGGAGCCGGAGGAGUGACCAUAAAGAAAACAGGUCAGGCACUAGUGAUUGGUGUGUAUGAAGAGCCAGUGACUCCAGGACAAUGCAACAUGGUGGUCGAGAGGUUGGGUGAUUAUCUCGUCGAUCAGGGCCUGUAGAAGAAGCCGCCCUCAAGAUGAUCAAUCUGCUUCUUCCGCCAUUUUUAUCUUCCUCAAUUUCUCUCAUUUUAGUCCUACAAAAAAUUGAGAUUCUAGAUAUUUUCUUGCUAGUUGACAUUUUAUUUUAAGUGCCCCCUUUUUUGAAAACAUAAAAUUUGAGUGGGGGAUCGAGUUUGGGCUCGGACAAAUAACCUUACAAGGCAUCAUCAUCGUCAGUAGUUUGUUGUCUUGUAGGAUGGUUUUUGUAGUCUCUGUUUUUUCGCUGAAUCACUGAAGUUUUGUUCAUACAUUUUAUUAAAAUUCUGAGUUUUUUUUUUUUUGUCAAUAAUCUCCUGCUUUUUAUUACUAUUA